AUGGCUGUAUGGCCUUGCCUUGUCAACUUCAGUGUACCUUCCAAGGAUAGCCCAGGGAUACUGGCUGAAGUAAUCAAUGAAAGACCGGGGGGAGGGAGAAGAAAUACUGUCAAAGAGAGGAAGAUCCUUGGAGUUCUAUUUGUACCUCAUGGUUGGUGUUACUGUAUACCCUUUGGUCUACUAUGUAUUUCAAGUUGGUCUUUACCAUCAACAUGUGAUAUGUGCUGAUUUUCAAUGUUUUAGAGAGUAUAUUUCCUUCUUUACAGGAAUAGGUCCACACCCAGCUGUUUUAGACCUAUACACAUACGGAAGAGGGCUAUCUGAAACUAAAGCUUCUCUUCUUGCCAACAGUUUGUGGUCUUUACAGUGUCAUUAUAUGGCUAUAAUGCCCCGUGUAGCUCAGUUGGUAGAGCAUGGCGCUUGCAACGCCAGGGUUGUGGGUUCGAUUCCCACGGGGGGCCAGUAUGAAAAAAUGUGUGCACUCACUAUAAGUCGCUCUGGAUAAGAGCGUCUGCUAAAUUACUAAAAUGUAAAAUGUAAUGAUCUUCCUAAAAACGUGACUGCGAUCCAUCUGGAGUAUUCUGAGGAGGUGAUUCAAGUUCUUGAAAAAGCAGCUGCAGGUAAGCAUUAAAUAAUCUGAUUUUAUUUCCAUAUUAACUUUUUUGUAUUACUUUACGUUACAGAAAAAAGUGGUAACAACAUGGUAAUAAGGUGGAAACUAGUUGUAAUUGCUUAGUUUCUCAUAGUCAUAUAAUUACCCUAUUAAUUGAUGUGUAAUUACUUAAAUAUUACUUCAAAUCACUGUACUACCAGAAUGUCUUAAAGUUGAUGCUUUAUUUGUUGUUGUUUUUUUUUCUUUUAAGAUUUGCAGCUCUGGAUUAGGUUUGUUAUCACUGUCCAAAAGUGGGGAUCUUGCACUUUCCAUUGCUACUACGGUAUGCUGCAAUGGGAUGGGUCGGUGAAUGGUUGCAAUGCCAAUGCCGUGAUUCUUCUUCAAUAUAAAGGCACAGUCAUCCGACUCAUACCUCCCCUUAUGUUUGUUACCAAAAGAGUCUUUGCUAGCAAGUCAGGGGCCUUAAAUGUGAAAUAUGAUAUGAAUGACCCCAUGGCAGAGGAGAAUCACGCAACACUCAUCCCAAUUGAGAGAGCCAAUGGAAGGUUUCUCUUUGUUGCUGCAGAGGAUGACCAAAACUGA